AUGUUGGAUCGUCUACUCGCUGUCGACGAAGUAGAGCUGCUGCCGGGUUCCCUGUACUCAAUUGCCACUUUGGAACCUCUGUUGUCCAUGUUGGAUCAUCUGCUCGCUGUCGACGAAGUAGAGCUGCUACCGGGUUCCCUGUACUCGGAGGAGAAGGAGGAGGAAGACGGACGCGCCAGGGGCGGACCGGGGGAGGUCAAAACCGGUAGCUCAACUACCGGCAACGACUUUUCCCGUUGUUCACCCUCGGCACCGGUCAACACCAGCGAGGCCAUAUGUUCCAGCUCUGCUGGAUCCAGAUGUCGACUUGCCAAGGGCGGACCCGGGCCUCAACCAGGCCGUGAUGGAAUCGCCCUCCACAACUCCAAAGACUUCAGCCCCGGGACUCCAGCGCUGCCACCUCCACCCAGGAAGAGUGCCGCUGUAGAGUCUCAGGCCCGUCUUGUGGCCGUUGGAAAACGGAAGGCGAUCGUGUCUCCAGGCGACCAACCAGCCAAGCCAAGUCCGCCGAUCCAACAGCCGACACCGCCUCCAGCUACAUUAGAAGAUCCGCCCGCUCCACAGCCUUGGUCACUGCAGGCCGGCAAGUUACCAACACGCUACUCAAGGCUCGUGAAAACCAACAUUGGGGAUGUUCGCCACCUACUUUGCGAACCGAGACAGGAAAGCUACGAACCUCUGCCAACGACGGAAGGAGAGUAUACGGUGCGCAGGAUUACGAUGAAUGAUGGGCGUGGGAUAUGUCUCACCGUCCGCCGGAGGGGACUCUUCCACCAAGGGAUGCUUCUCGAUGAAAUGGACAACCCGACCAUCCACCGCGUCAUUAAGACCGUUGCCGGGGAAGAUUACUGUCCGAUCACCGAGAGCAUCGCCAAGUCCACAUACCGGCAAGCCCUUCACCAUCUGGAUGCAUCCCUGUUCAUCGGCUCUCCUUGACGACAUCCCCGCUACCAACCUCCUUUGCCUCCACAUGGAGAAAUCGGUCAGUGGUUUUUUUAAGACAACGGGGCGUUGAUGAAAGCGCCAUUUCACGUAUGGAGGAACACAGGGUCGACAGAUACGUCAUUCAAGUCAUGGAUGAUGAAGAUCUAAAACAGUAUUUGCCUCAUGUUGAAGAUAGAAUUGCAGUCACAAAAUUUUGACAAAAACAUAAAAAAAACUAAAUCAGUUUCACCAAAGAAAGGGAAAAUUUUGCAAAGAUUACGACAAAAACUAUUCUCGGAAUCUUUCAAUGGAUAGUUUUUAUAUUUGAUAUGAGUGUUCAACGUGUAAUAGUACACUCCUCCACGGCAGUUAUGUUACACUUAACCUCCAAAACAGAUUUUUAGUAUUCAAGGAAUUUAAC